AUCAAACAAUGGCGCUUGGCUGGAGAUGGGUAAAAACCAGAGGAUUGUGCUCCAGGUUAACAGCUGGCAUUUGGGAUAGAGUUUGAACAACGUCUUUCCAAGUACAAACUACAGGAGGUUGUGAAUUAUUGUGUACUUUUAGUUAAGCAGAAUUUAAAUAUCCACGAUUUACGUGUAAGCUGCAGUACCUCAGCACUUGACUAAAGUAAAGGAUCCGAGUACAUGUCGGAAUGAAAUACUAUUCACUGUCAAACAGCGACCCCUCAUGGCCUGAUGCUCUCUCCCCUGCCUGUAGUAGACGGCGCCCCCCGGUGGCCUGCAUCUCUCACCGUGCAGCUGGGGGAUUUCCUGGGCGGAAGCGGCGGAGGGGGUUUCCAGUGUGAUCAGUCCAGUCUUCCCCGCUGGAUGUCUGAACUGGAUCUCAGUGGCUUCUCUCUCUCACGGACGCAGGACCCACAAAACCCAAAGAACCAUGAACCAGAACCUGAACCAUGAGGAGUUCGCCUGAAGCUCGGAGGCUCGGAGGCAGCGGCAGCAGCAGGUUGACGGUUUGAAUCCCAGGGAGAGAGUCCGCCGAGCCGUGGAGCUGCUGAGCCGUGGCCUGCGGAGUAGAUUCAUGUGAGUCACAGGCAACAGAGACACAGUAGAACCUCAGAAGAAUCUCAGUAGAAGGCAACAGAACCUUCGUAGAAGCAGGUAGAUGAGAACACGCUAGCCAUUAGCGGUUUGUAACAAAGCUUAAGAAGCUAACCGUCGGUUAGCAUCAGCAGUGUUUACAUCAAAGAUUGGCUCAGAAAAACAAACCGAGUCACAGGCAUCAGAAAAAUAAAGAUCGUGAUGGAAAAGGCGGAAAUGAAGAUUAAAUUAAAGGUUUAGCUGGAGAGAAACUGAAUAAAAUUAUCAGAGAGAAAAACUACAGCCAGACCUGAACAGUCAAACUCAGAAACUGAAACAAGAUUCGUGAACAUAAAACCAUAUGAUGAGCAGAGUCAUCUGAGGCUACAGGUCAACUCUCAGCAUGUCGUUACCACCUUGGGGGUUUUGAUGAGACCUCCGGGAUUCAGACCUGUCAUGUCAGUGGGGAGGAGUGCUGACGGGAGGGAGGUGCAGGUUCCCGUCCAACAGGUGCCACCCUCACUUGCCACGUCCCUCUCUGUGGCCCCUCUCAUUGCCCCACUGUCUCACCGCCCAGCCAAUCCCUGGCCUCCCAGUGACCCCGCUGCUUCACAAGGUGUCACUGCAGGUUUCCUGCCUCUUCAUGGAGGAUUCAGAGAUCACUUUGUAGAAACCCCAGAAGCUAAAUACCGCUGUGAGGACUGCGGCCUGGUCCUGUGUCAGCCCCGCCAGACAGAGUGUGGACACCGCUUCUGUCAGAGCUGCAUCAACGGCAUCCUCAGUCACCCAAACCCUGUCUGUCCAGCAGACAUGGAGCCUCUCUUCAAAGAUAAGAUCUUCAGAGAUGUUUGCUGUCAUCGGGAGAUCAUGGCUCUGAAGGUUUACUGUCGCAGUGAAGCCAGUGGCUGUCAGGAGCAGAUGAGUCUGCACCAGAUAUCUGACCACUUGAAUGUGUGUCCGUUCUUCGAGGUUCCCUGUCCUCUGGGUAAAUGUAAAGAGCGAAUGAUGAGGAAAGAAAUUCCCGACCACCUGAGCUGGAAAUGUAAACACAGAGAGUCAACCUGCGAGUUCUGCAUGACCAAGAUGCCUCUGAACGAUCUGCAGAAACACAAAGAGACGGUGUGUCCGGCAUUCCCUGUGUCCUGUCCAAACCACUGCUCCUUCUCCUCCCUGCCCCGGAGUGAGCUGUCCAAUCACCAACACGACUGUCCCAAAGCUCAGGUGAGCUGUCAGUUCCACUGCUAUGGCUGUACCUUCAAGGGUUUGAACCAGGAUAUGAGGCAACACGAGUCCACCUUUGCUGCUGAACACUUGAAAAUGAUGGCUAACAGGAAUUCCUUGAUAGAAAAUAAGGUGGAGGAUGUUAAAAGUGAGCUGUUAGAGAGGUAUAAGGUCCUUCCCGCUCUCAGUAGUCGCCUGUCCGAACUGGAGAACCAGAACAAUGAACUGAGGGAAAAGAACCGACAAAUGGAGCAGAAACUGGCCGCCAUGCAGAAACUAAUGAGCUCUCACUCAGAGAAGCUCCUGGAGGUGGAGCUGGAGCUUCGUUCUCUCCGUCUGCUCAGAGACGAGGUGGAGAACCUGCGAGGAACGAUGGAGAACGUACGGACGAGGCUGAACACUUUGGAACAAGGGGGGCGCAGUGGGACUGGAUCAACAACACACACUCUGGCAUCCCUGGAGACUCAGCUCAAUCGACACGAUGAGAUGCUGAGUGUCCAUGAGAUCCGAUUGGCCGACAUGGACCUGCGUUUCCAGGUGCUAGAGACGGCGAGCUACAACGGGACUCUUAUCUGGAAGAUCCGCGACUACAAGAGACGGAAACAGGAAGCGGUGGCGGCAAAGACGCUGUCACUGUAUUCACAACCGUUUUACACCGGAUAUUUUGGAUACAAGAUGUGUGCUCGAGUUUACCUGAACGGAGACGGCAUGGGAAAGGGGACACACCUGUCGCUGUUCUUUGUGGUGAUGAAGGGCGAGUACGAUGCUCUGCUGCCUUGGCCCUUCAAACAGAAGGUGACUCUGAUGCUAAUGGACCAGGGUCCAUCCAGGAAACACCUGGGUGAUGCCUUUAAACCUGAUCCCAACAGCAGCAGCUUCAAACGCCCUGCAGCAGAGAUGAACAUCGCCUCUGGCUGUCCCUUGUUUGUGUCUCAGAGUCUGCUGGAGACCGGUACCUACAUCAAAGACGACACCAUCUUCAUCAAGGUUACCGUGGAUACCUCCGAUCUCCCUGAUCCAUGACGCUGUGACAGCUCUGAGCUCUGACCUUGCUGGUCUGAGAUCAGCUCACCUGUUCAGACCUAGCAAAGCAAAGGAUGAUCAGGGUUGGAAGCUAAUCCAGCUAAGAGCGACACCAACAGAACAGUCCGUCGGGAAGCAGCCAGUCAGAGUGAGCUACACAGACGGGGGCGACUCCUCCUCUGACUGGCUGAUGAGUUACAGAACUGCAUGUGUGCGAGUGUACGUGUGUGUGAAUGGAUCAGUGUUGCUAUGACAUCACUGUGGUGACAUCACUCAGAGCCAACAUGGCUGCCGCAGCCAGGACGUUGUUGCUUCUUAUUAUUGAUGCCAUGCAUCGAGCUUUACUUCCUGUUUGUUACCUGUUUACCAAGGCAUGCCGGGAAAUCCACUGCAGCCACAGAGGAGCUCAGAAAACCAGAACAGAUCCACUAAAAACUAUAUUAGAGAUCAGGAGAAAGAGUCCCAGUAGAACCAGAAAAUGUAGAAGAAUCCAUUUCAAGUGAAGUCCGGAAGACUGUCACACACGGCCCAGUACGAUGGUACAGAUGGCGAGGACAGUGCCACGAGCUAAAGUGUCAGCUGUUUCUUCUUGUUGAAGUUGUUUCAGCAGGUUUAUCUCAUUUCAUAUGAAGAAAUGAGUGGAAGUUAGAGAGACAUGUCCAUGUAGAUUUCAGGUUUGUGAUGGUCCUAUUAAAAUACUCCCAGUUUUCAUCCUUAUUGAACAGGAUUUGGAUCCAGUAUCUGGUCAUGUCAUUGUCAUGUAAGUAGAUCAGAUAUUAACCUGAUGUUAGCAGGUAGAAAUAUUUACCCUAAGAGCUAGUCUGUGGUUUUCACUUGAUAAACAUGAAUCACUGACUACUUUCUAUCCAGUUGUAAUAGACUCAGUUUUGCCAGCUGAACAGACACAGCAGUGAAAACACUAGAGGUUCAGUUUUUGAGUGGAUUACGGUAGAGUUUUAUUGUUGAAAACUUUUUUAAUUUAAUUUUGGUGGGUGUGUCCUAAUCUGAAGCUGACCUGAAGAAAGCCUGAAUGAGCACAAGUACAACAGAGACCUGAUCCAGAGUGCUGAAUCAUUCAGAUCUGGACUUGUAGAGUCCAGUCAGUGCUGGAGUUCCUCUGUGGCCUCUGAGUUUUUCAGCAUCGACAGAAUUCAUCUAAUUCAUUUGCACAGUUUGUAUGUUGUUAAUGUGUGAAUAAAAUAAAAAGAAAGCACAAAGAACCUGUUUUUUAGUGUACAUGGAUUCAUCAUUAACAUGAACAAACUGGAAUCUGUCUGAUAAAUACAAUUUGAGCCAACUUAGUGCAGUUCCUUUAAUC